AUGAUACUUAAUGGCAUAUCGGUUCUAAAUGCAUCCAAUCGUAGUGAAGGAAACUCGUCAGCUUUUGUUUCAAAUGAUUUUAUUUUCUUGCAAUCGAAGGGUGCUCAAGCAUUUGCAGGAGUAAUGGCCUUUACCUCAAUAAUCAUCACCUGUCACCAGAUAUACCUUCAUCUUGUUAAUUACACUACCCCUCGUGAGCAGCGAUGGAUUGUCCGAAUUCUCUUUCUCGUUCCUUUAUAUGCUUUUCAAUCCUGGUUUAGUCUAAUGUUUCUUCGUCACCAGGAUUCCUAUAUAUACUUGGAUACCAUACGCGAUUGUUAUGAAGCCUUCGUAAUCUACAGUUUUCUGAGCUUAUGCUAUGAGUACCUUGGCGGAGAAAGUUGUAUAAUGGCUGAAAUUCGCGGUAAAGAAAUUCCGUACUCUUGGUUUUUCUGCACCUUCUGUUUUUCUGGCCAAGUCUUCACUAUGGGCUUCCUCAGAUUCUUCAAACAGGCAACUCUGCAAUUCUGUCUUGUGAAACCUCUGAUGGCCAUCGCAAUCAUAAUAAUGCAGGCUCUCGGUGUUUACAAGCAUGGAAUUUGGAGUGUUUCGAAUGGAUACUUCUAUACAACGAUAAUCUACAACAUAUCUGCGUUUCUGGCUUUCUAUGCUCUGGUUCUCUUUUAUCUUGCCACCAGUUCUAUUCUGAGACCGUUCGAUCCAAUUAUCAAAUUUGCGGUUGUCAAGUCUAUCGUGUUUCUGAGCUUUUGGCAGGGUGUGAUUUUGGCAAUUCUCGAAAAGGCGGCAAUUCUACCUGCUUUGCCUCACAGUAAUGCUGGAACAGUAGCAGCAGGCAUUCAAAACUUCCUCAUCUGCAUUGAAAUGGUUGCUGCGGCUAUCGCACUUCGCUACGCCUUCCCGUACAAACUCUACGCUAUUGGCGUGAAU